ACUCGCUCGAUCUCCUCUUCCUCCCUCUCCUCGCACCACCAACCUAACCUCUGCUCAGCAUUUUGCUCCAAAAUCACCUACACACACAUACCAUGGUGGCAUCGGUGGCCUGCUCCUUCUUCUUCGACGACGAGCUGCUCGGCGAGCCCGGCAUGCCGGCGAUGGACGCGUGCGCGCUCUGCGCCAAGCCGCUGGCGCGCGACCGCGACGUCUUCAUGUACAGAGGGGACACGCCCUACUGCAGCGAGGAGUGCCGCCACGAGCAGAUGCACCUGGACGCCGUCUGCGCCAAGCAGGCCGCUCGGAGGCAGCAGCGGUUCUCGGUGGGGACGGAGUCCCACCGUGGGCAGCGCCAGUCCAGGAAGGUGUCCGUCGCGAGCUAGCUGGCCGGAGCGCGUGGGCGAGGAACGUUUUGUCUGAAUCAACGAGAUCUGUAUUCUGAAGAACCAUCGAUGUCUCCGGCUCUCCGGCCGGUGCUCUAACCUGGACCGGUGGAGGCAAGGCAGGUCAGCAACAUCAGGCGGCACGAAGCAUAUGUGCCUGUAGCUUCCCAUGUAUCCAUGUGUCAAACUAAUUAGGCCUGAUUCUUCCCAUAUGAAUUGAUUUGGUUUGAAACGAAAUAGAAAAGGACAUGGAUCUGAAGAAAGCAAUCAAACAUGAUUCACAUUAUGUUUUAACUUC